AUGGUGGACGAUACAACAUCUUUCGAGAGUAUUCUUGCUAAUGUCCGGAAAAGAAGAGCUGAAUUUAAUCAACCCAGUCCACAACCGCAGCAAUCACCACGACCAUCACUACAGCAGAAUCCAGCACCGGAGCUGACAAGAAAACAAAAUGAACAUCCAAAUCUGAGAGAUGCUUCAAUAAAUUCACAACAGAGAAGUGUAACCACAUCAAAACCAUCUGGACCGGUGAUUAACUCGUUCAAUCAACAACAUGAUACUUCUCCCGGCAAUGCGCCGGUCAUUCACAACCAAAAGAAGGCCGUUCAAGAAUCAAGUUUUGCUGACAAAUCCUCGUCAUCCAAGACAAUGUUUGUAAGCUCCUCUCAGACUGGAAACCCACUAUUGAAGAGUUUAGUGAACGUCAAUUGGAGAUAUGUGAAAUCGACGCCUACUACACAAGUUCAUUACGAUUACCAGAUACGAGGAAGAAACGUAAUAUUUCUUUCAUUGAAGUAUCAUAAACUACAUCCUGAAUACAUAGGAAAGAAAUUGCUACCUUUCAAAAGGACGGAAGGAAAUGUUUUACUAUGUGUCGUUGAUGUUGAGAAUUCGGAAGAUAUUCUAAGAGAGUUAAACAAAGUGUGCAUGUUUCAAGGAUUCACUAUACUUCUAGCCUUUACAUUUGAGCAAGCAGGAAAAUAUUUGACCUUUAUGAACAAAUGA